UUCGUAACAGACGAAGCUUUGAAAUUCGGUGUGUGUUGUUUGAUUGAUUUCAUUCCCAUUUCCUUUAUUGAAUUAAUUAGAAGACAAUUUUAUCCAUAAUGGCGCCCUAUAAAGACCAAGAAUCUGAAAAUUCUGGAUCUGAAGAUGAUAAGUCUUCAGGUAGCGAUUCCGACAGCAGUGGAUCAGGGAGCAAGUCAGAAGCAGGUUCUGUACGUAGCCGACGAUCAGCAGCUUCCAGAUCAGGCAGUUCUUCAAGGUCUGCUCAAAGCCCAGAUCAAGCCAGGAGUAGAAGCGCCAGUGCUGAAAGUAGAUCAGGAAGUGAAGUAAAUGGUGAUGGAGAUUUGGUGCUGGAUGAGAGAAAGAGUAGAAGUCGAAGUCAAAGCGGAAGUAGGAGCAGGAGUUCAUCUAGCUCCAGCUCAGCAAGAUCAGCCAGCCAUCAUUCUGAUGAAGAAAAGGGUGGUAAAGACACAGCUCAGUCAUCCCCAUCACAUGAAGAGACUAAAAAGAAAAUCAAGCGCAUCAUAGACAGCGAUGCUGAUUCGGCUUCAGAUUCAGAUGCCGGGGGUAAAAGUAGUAAAGUGGCGAGCCCUACUGCCGAAGCCCUUUUUGGUGAAAAUGUCGACAUGUCAUCUGAGGAUGACGACGACGAUGAUGGCAACAAACCCACCCAAAAACUACCCGAGAAAGCCGCCAGUGAAGCUGAUAGAGACAGCAUUCCUGAUCGUCGAUCGCCCGAUGAAAUGGAACAGGAUGAUGAAUUCGGAGGCCGUGAUAACGAAAAAGAAAAGGAACCAGAAGAGCCCGUUCCAGAGACGAGAAUUGAGCAUGAGCUGCCAUACAUCCGUGCUGACGUAGGCAGUGAAUUCCACUUUGUCAAGCUGCCCAAUUUCUUGUCGGUUGAGCCGCGACCUUAUGACCCCGAAACCUACGAAGACGAGCUGGAAGAAGAGGAGACCCUCGACGAAGAAGGUCGAGCCCGCCUCAAACUCAAAGUUGAAAACACAAUCAGAUGGCGAACGGCUUUUGAUAAAGAGGGAAACGCCUUCAAGCAAAGUAAUGCCCGGAUGGUUAAAUGGUCAGACGGCUCACUUUCCCUCCAUCUUGGCUCUGAAAUUUUCGAUGUUUACCGACAACCCCUGCAGGGAGAUUACAAUCAUUUGUUCAUUCGGCAAGGUACUGGUCUACAGGGCCAGGCUGUCUUCCGCACCAAAUUGACUUUCCGACCUCACUCCACCGAUUCAUUCACCCAUCGAAAGAUGACCAAGUCUCUUGCCGAGCGUUCCACCAAGACGUCUUCUAUUAAGAUCAUUGGGGUUUUCGGUGCGGAUCCUGAGGCCAACCGUGGAGAGAAGAUCAAGAAAGAGGAAGAACGGUUGAGAGCUUCAGUGAGACGCGAGUCGAAACAAAAACGCGUCCGUGAACGAACAGCUACCGGCCGUGGCAUGAGUGGCGGUUACUUGGAGCCCGAUCGCGAAGGCUACGAAGACUCUGAAGAUGAAGGUGGAAUCUCUUUGACAGCGAUUAAAAAUAAGUACAAACGGGGAGGACCUCGAGAUGCAUCACAUCAAAGACCACCCAUCUAUUCUUCUGAAGAAGAUGCUUCAGACAUAGAAGACCGUAAAGCGAAGAAACUGGAACGUGCCAAAGCACUGCCGGAUGAAGAUGAUAACGAUGAUGAUGACGAGGCAGGUGGCAGUGGUAGCAAGGUGAGAGUAGUAUCCAGCAGCAGCGAAGAGGACAGCGAUUAAAUGUAGAAAUAAUUACAAUUGGUUUGUUGUGUAUUUUGUUUUUCUUCAUUUUGUUUCUUUCAUUUGAUCGUUGCCCAAUUUGGGGCUGGACCUAUGUGCGGAAGGGCGGAAUACAUACGUUUUCACAA